UUACUUAAUCUGAUUUUUCUUGUUCUUAGGCAAGCUUGCAAGCAACGAUUACAUCUAUGGAUGAUCAUGGUCUUCGUCAUGGACGGGAUCGGGGAGAAUCAUCAUCAUCAUCAAUUGAAAUCCAAAAUCAAUGGAGAGAGAUUCAAGAUUUACUUAAAGAGAGGUUGAUAACACAGGAUGAUUUCCCUUGGAAACUGCCCAUACCCAGCAGCAGCGGCAAUGUUGUUGUUGAAGAAGAAGGAACGUUAUUGAAAUAUGUGGGUGGGGUUGAUGUAAGCUAUUCUAAGGAAUUAGACUCAGCAGCAGCAGCAGCAUCAACGGCAGCAUGCGGAUGUGGAAGCCUUGUUGUUUUGGAUGUCACCACUCCCACUCUGCAAGUCGUCUACCAAGAUUUCUUUCUCCUCACCAAUUUCGAUGUCCCUUAUAUUCCUUCCUUCCUUGCUUUCCGAGAGGCUCCAAUACUGUUACAACUGUUACAGAAGAUGAAAAAAACUGACAAUCCAUUCCACCCCCAGUUACUGCUUGUUGAUGGCAAUGGCUUGCUACAUCCUCGAGGUUUCGGCUUGGCUUGCCAUCUUGGUGUUCUGGCUAAAAUCCCCACCAUUGGCAUAGGAAAGAAUCUGCAUCAUGUUGAUGGUCUCACUCAAUCUGGAGUGAGACAGCUUCUUCAGGCCAAAGAUAAUAGUGGUGAAGAUUUUAUUACUUUGACGGGAUCCUCUGGCUGUGUAUGGGGAGCGGCGAUGAGAUCAACCAAGGGCUCAUGCAAACCCAUAUAUAUUUCAGUUGGUCACCGUAUCUCUCUCAAUACUGCCAUCAAAAUUGUGAAAAUGAUUUGCAAGUAUCGAGUGCUGGAGCCUAUCCGGCAGGCUGAUAUAAGAUCAAGAGACCACCUUCAAAAGAAUAGCUGUGGGAAUGGGGGAACAUUGCACUAGCUUGAAUUUGAUGGCAGGUAUGAGGGUAAAUGGGCACAGGGAAUCAAAGUGGAUAUUCCAGAGCAGGGGAGAGAGCGACAAGACUUAUUUGAGGACACUCUAUGUACAUGCUGCUGCUCUAAUUCUUGAGAUGCUGAUAAGCUCCUAAUUCUCGGAAAAAUUUAUGUUUGAGAAGCCAGAGAUAAUUUGGAAAUAUGUUUUCCGCGCACAUUUUUUUCAGCACUUAUAUGUGACACUCUGAGACUUCUAUUUGUCUCAAUGGCACCUCUGGCUCAGUGUUGCCCACCAGGAUACUGAUGUUCUUGCUUCUUCCAGCUAUUGGGUAUACCAUAAAGGGAUAUUAAGAGAUGGAAUACUCCACUGAGUGAAAAUCUCGUUGCAUCAGUUCCUAAACUUGGACUUUUUAGAUUGAAGGUUGGGGCAGCAUUUUGUAUUUAAACAAAACCCGAAGGAACUGUAAGUUAACAAAAUCUUUGGAUAAGAUUGAUAUGGCUGAUUAUUUCAACAUUACCUCAUUGGCUUGUAGUUGACUAAUAAAUCCCAGGACCAUGUUAUUUUGAGUUCAUUAAUGUUAUAAGAAUUGUUUAUUUGGGGAAAA